UGACGCCUUUAAAGCGCCUCCUCCUGCGGUGGAACAGCCGGGGCUUGUUCCUGUUCUUCAUGCACUAUAGCAAAGGCACGGUACUCUCUUGAAGGCUCCCGCGCCAAUGCGCUCGCAUUUCUCGUGCGGUUGUCGACUCGGAAAGUAUCCCUCAACUUAACGCCGGGUUACAAAAAUUUCGACCUCUGGACACAAAAAUUCCCGUUGCAAGAUGAUAAAAGUAUUGGUCCUUCUGGUACUCAGCUCGGUCUGCGUCAUAAUCAACGCUCAGGAGACGGCAUCAAAUGAAAAACCGCUUUUUGGCCAGACAUUCGAUGAAAUUGUCGUGUCCUCGGACUUAAACGUUAGAAGGAAAUCAAAGGAGAACCGUCAGGGCAAAAGGUUACUGUCGAACGUGCCGUCAGGAACCACCGGUCCGCCGGAAAAGCCAACUGCAAUCGCAUCCAGGCUCGUUUCCGCCGAUGGAAGCCGUAUAACGCCAGAAAAAAGGGAGAAGCGUGAUAUUGUUACAGCGCGAAGGAGUUGCGUAUGAAAUGGAUUUAUACGUAAUCUCGAUCAGGUAUCUGGAUUUGGGCGUCGCGGGAUACCUGCUGAAAUCUCGGAAACGGUGAAAAAUUCUACCCCGAGGACAACCGCACGACCCUCACACCCUCAUCUGUGAUCACACCUCUUUCGACGUACUUUUAGACCACGGCUCAUGUAACAAAAGGAACAAUAAAAUUCUUCUGUGUCAUAACA